GGAACAAUGUGAGAAAUGAAAAAAACGGCGUGAAGAAGCAAAGCAAACGAUUAGGAAAUUUUUUUGUAUCGAGAAAUAAAUAAAUAUUUCCCGCAAAAAAGAGUUUAGUUAGAAUUCCCAAUCAUGGAUGUGCGGCCCAAUCAAACGAUAUACAUUAAUAAUCUCAAUGAGAAAAUCAAAAAAGAGGAGCUAAAGAAGUCGCUGUACGCCAUUUUCUCCCAGUUUGGACAGAUCUUGGAUAUUGUGGCGUUGAAAACAUUGAAAAUGCGUGGCCAGGCAUUUGUUAUUUUUAAGGAGAUUGCCAGUGCGUCCAAUGCGCUGAGAACAAUGCAAGGCUUUCCCUUCUACGAUAAGCCUAUGCGUAUUGCAUAUGCCAAAACAGAUUCGGAUGUGGUGGCCAAGAUGAAGGGCACCUUCAAGGAAAGACCAAAGAAAGUUAAACCACCCAAGCCAGCGGCGCCGGCUGAAGAUAAAAAAGACAAAAAGAAGAAAACCACCAAUGCUGAGAACUCCAAUCCUAAUGCUCAAAGUGAACAACCACCAAAUCAAAUUCUUUUCCUUACAAAUCUACCUGAGGAGACAAACGAGAUGAUGUUGUCCAUGUUGUUCAAUCAAUUCCCCGGUUUCAAAGAGGUCCGUUUGGUGCCCAAUCGCCAUGAUAUUGCUUUUGUGGAAUUUGCCACUGAACUACAGAGUAAUGCUGCCAAGGAAGCUUUGCAAGGCUUUAAGAUUACACCGUCGCAUGCAAUGAAGAUAACAUUUGCUAAGAAAUAGUUUAAGGAACACUUCAGAGUCUUAUGUGUAAUUGCUUUCUGAUACCUGGGAUGCUCGAAAUGCUUAAUGCUUCGCAGCUCUUCGGAAUCGUAUUUAUAAUUUAGGUAAACGAGUUUUUUUUUGUAAGACAUUUACAAAGUAUAUGAAGGAAAAUAUACAAAGAAAAUGGAUAUCAAUUAUUUGAAUAA